AUGGGUGAUGGUCACUUGGUCACACAUAGCAAUGAGGAACCUCGAGCAUGGGACUUGGCUUUAGUGAGGAAUAGCAUAACUCUCUUCACCAGAACUACCUCGACAGAACUCCCUUCCAUAGAACUCCCUUCGCGGAACUCCCUCGGUGGAACUCCUUUUUGCCGAACUUACCUCAGCGGAAAUCCCUCGAUGGAACUUCUUUUCGCGGAACUCCCUCGGCAGAACCCCCUUCUAUCGAACUCCCUCGGCGGAACUCUCUUUGACAGAUUGGAGAUCCGGAAGCUUUGGAGAUUCCUCCUUGGUGGAUUGGAGGUCUCCAAGUUGGUGGAUAUAGGGAAAUUUGACCACCCCCAAACAUUUUGUAUCACCCCUCUCUCUAUUCCCAAGCUCCUAUAUGCUUGA